AUGGCCAAGGUCUGCGUCAUCUCGCUCGGAAGCGAGUCGGCACCUCACAUCGCCGAGUGUGUGCGCCAGGAGCUUGGCGACCGGUCGGCAUCGGAGGAGUGGGAGACGUCGAAGGCGCCGGUGCUCGUGGUCGUCGUCGAAUGCGAGUCGGAUGGCGAGCCCUGCCCCGCUGCGCGCCAGUUUGUGCGCGCCCUCCGCCGAUCCGAAAACUUUGCCAACUACUCGCAGUCCAUCGGACGGCGGGCGGCGGUACUCGGCCUAGCUUCCUCUGUCUGCGCUAACUCGGCCGCGCAGUUGGGAGACGGCGACAAGUACACUGGUGCGUCCCGCGUCGAGCGGGCUCUCAUCGCGGGCGGCUGCACCGCGCUGCUAAAGAUGGGAACAAUGGAGGCGGAUCAGCUCGACGCCGCUCCCCUCACCGCCGCUCCUCUCCGACCGCCGACGCAGGUGGAGCUGCAGAGUCCCGAGGAGAGUGCUAUUCCGUGGGCCAGAGCCGUCUGCGCGGCGCUGUGA